UUCCACACCCCUCUCACUCCAAUCCCCACCCUUCUCAAACCUCCCUCCUCCUCCUCCUCCUCCUCCUCCUCCUCCGCCGCCAACCACCAUGUCGGUCAAACCCGGCGACUGCGGGAAGCACCACGGCAAGUGGCGGCGGCGCCUCAAGCGCUUCUGCAUCGGCCUCCUCAUCUUCAACUUCUUCAUGCUCAUCACGAUCCUCCUCGCCUGGGCCAUCAUCCAGCCCCACAAGCCGCGCUUCAUCCUCCAGGACGUCACCGUCUACGCCUUCAACGCCUCCGUCCCAAACUUCCUCACCUCCAACUUCCAGGUCACCAUCUACUCCCGCAACCCCAACGACAAGCUCGGCAUCUACUACGACCGCCUCGACACCUACGCCACCUACCGCAACCAGCAGAUCACCCUCCGCACCUCCAUACCCCCGUCCUACCAGGGCCACAAGGAGGUCAACGUCUGGUCCCCCUUCAUCUCCGGCAACUCCGUCCCCGUCGCCCCCUAUAACUCGCUCGCGCUCAACCAGGACCAGGCCUCGGGCGCCGUCAGCCUCAUGAUCAAGAUCGACGGGCGGGUAAGGUGGAAGCUCAGCACGUACACCACCGGGAAGUACCACCUCUACGUGAAGUGCCCGGCGUUCAUCACGUUCGGGACGAGGACGUCGGGGAUCACGGUCGGCGACAACGCCAUCAAGUACCAGCUGGUCCAGAAGUGUAGCGUCACUGUGUGAGACCACCUAACAUUAAGUCCACCACUAGCAGAUGCACACGCACAUGCACAUGCACAUGCCCAUGCCUUGUUGUUUUCAUCAACCAUUAUGGUCUUAUCUCUCUCUUUUGCUUUCUUGUUGGCAAUUUCAGUUCACUUGGUUCGUGAUAUAUGUUGGGUUUUUAGGUAUAUGUGCAAUUACGACCUUGAACUGUGUAUACUUCGAUGUUUUACCAGGGAAUUAUAAUAAAAAAAAAUGGAGGAGAUUGAAGAGGACAAAGUUAGGAGAA